AUGUCGCUGGUAGUCAGCCUUCUUUUGGGCCUCGCUGGCCUCUACAUCAUCCGAUGGAGUCUGGGGAAGCGGAAGCCAAGCAGGCUCCCACCAGGCCCUCCUUCAAAGCCCAUUAUCGGCAACCUGCAGGACUUACCGUCACCGGGCACGCCAGACUGGUUGCACUGGCUCAAGCAUAAGGCGCUUUAUGGGCCAAUUAGCUCGGUAACGAUUUUCGGACAAACACUCGUCAUCAUGAACGACCGUCAGGUAGUGAUGGAUCUGAUGGAGAAGCGCUCGGGAUUGCACUCCUCCAGGCCUCACCUGCCCAUCGCAGAAAUAACGGAUUGGGAGGAUACACUGGGGUUGGUGCCGUACAACAGUCGGCUCCGCGCCUAUCGGAAAGCCCUGCACCAAGAGAUGGGCACUGUCACUCUGAUUUCAAAAUAUCACAAUAUCAUCGAUAUGGAAACACAUCGUCUAGUGUUCCGUAUACUUGGCAACCCGGAUGACCUCAUUCAGCACAUCAGGAAAGAGGCUGGUUCGAUUAUCUUGAGAGUCGGAUACGGUUAUAUCACUGAGCCACACGCGCGUGACCCUCUGGUUGACUUGGUCGAUAAGGCGAUGGAGGACUUUUCGCAACUUGUCCUUCCUGGGGCUUGGCUGGUCAACUUCAUCCCCAUGUUAAAAUACCUACCCGGCUGGUUUCCCGGUAGCGGCUGGCAAGAGACAGCCAAGGCAUACAAGAAAAGGGUGACCGCGAUGAAGGAUGUGCCCUACGAGUUUGUUCGACAACAGCUUAAACAGCAGAAGUAUGUCCCGUCGUACGUAUCGCGUCUUCUGGAUCAUGGUCGUGUAGAGCCAGGCUCGGAGGAGGAAAUCGUGGCGAAGUGGUCUGCGCAGUCGCUCUACGGUGGAGGAGCUGACACAACUGUCUCGUCAUUGGCAUGUUUUUUCCAGGCUAUGGUGCUGAAUCCGGAUGUGCAGAAGAGGGCCCAGGAGGAAAUUGACCGUGUGGUCGGAACGAGCCGUCUACCGGACAUGUCUGACCGUGAAGGUCUGCCAUAUAUCGAUGCUGUGGUGAAGGAGGUCCUCCGAUGGCAUCCGGUGACCCCACUGGGGGUCUCUCAUGCGUCAAGCGAGGAUGAUACAUACAAAGGCUACCUCAUUCCUAAGGGCGCGAUCCUGGUCCCAAAUAUCUGGGCCAUGGCUCAUGAUCCAGACCUCUACCACGACCCAAUGGAGUUUAAGCCAGAGCGUUUCCUGAGCGUCAAUGGGCGAACACCAGAAUAUGACCCGCAUUUACUGUCAUUCGGAUUCGGGCGCCGGAUUUGCCCCGGACAGCACCUAGCUGAUGCCAAUCUUUACCUUGCCAUCGCGCGGUCCUUGGCCGUCUUCAACAUUACCAAUGCGGUUCGAGACGGAAAAGAAGUCCCCGUUACUCCUGAGUUUUCAACAGGGGUUAUCAGUCACCCGGCUCCAUUUGAGUUGAGCAUUCGCGUCCGUAGUCCCGAACAUGAGAGUCUUAUUCGGGCAGUUGAGAAGAGCUACCCAUGGGAAAAGAGCCACGCGGAGGAACUUGCCCUGCCGAAAACCUGA